GCCAGCGGCCGGCGGCGCGCUGCCCAAUGGGAGCCCGCCUUGUUGGCGCGUGGCGGGCGGCAGCGCCGGGCGGGCCCGGCUGCGGGACGUAGAGCAGAACCAGCUGAGCCACGUAGCGCCGUGCCAUGUUUCGCAAUGCCCUAGGAAAAACCUUUCGGUUUCUCGGGUAUACUGUGCAGUAUGGCUGCGUAGCACACUGUGCCUUUGAGUACCUUGGAGGAAUUGUUGUGUGUUCUGGACCUUCAAUGGAACCAACAAUUCAAAAUUCUGAUAUUGUCUUCUCGGAGAACCUUAGCCGACACUUUUAUUCCAUUCGGAAAGGAGAUAUUGUAAUUGUGAAAAGCCCGACUGACCCCAAAUCAAAUAUCUGUAAAAGAGUAAUUGGCUUGGAAGGGGAUAAAGUCUGCACAAGCAACCCUUCUGAUUUCCUUAAGACUCACAGCUUUGUGCCUAAAGGACACGUUUGGUUAGAAGGUGAUAAUCUGAGGAACUCUACAGAUUCCAGGUGCUAUGGACCUGUUCCUUAUGGACUGAUAAGAGGACGCAUUUGUUUUAAGAUAUGGCCUCUGAAUGACUUUGGAUUUCUACGUGCAAGCCCCAAUGGCCAUAGAUUUCUUGAUGACUGAAAGAAUUAAAUGACUGUUGCCAGCUUGUGUAAUAUUUUCUACUGAAAUCAAUGGAAUUAUUUUUGUUUAGAAUAAACACAAGUGUUAUUUGACAAGGAUGUCUCUUCUUUCUGCGAUUAUAUCUAACUUUAAAGUGGGAAUGAUACACUGCUGUCCUCAUCAACAGUGAUAUGCCUCUGAUUUUGUUUCCUCUGGCUGUUUACAGUAAGUGCUUGGAUUUAUUCAAAAAGUUUUGAAUUUUACUAGGAGACAAAGUUAACAUUGACUGUUAAGAAGCGAUUAAGAAAGUGAUGCAUUAUUACACUGUCACACAGCUAGAGCCACACACAGGCUAUACCUACAUCAGCAAGUACUGUGGCAUGCUAGGACUCAAACAGAAAAGCUUGUGGAUCUGAUACCCAUUUACUCAUAGGUGUUUUGUAGGAUUUUCCCCAAACUAGUUCCACUUUGAGCCAGCAGUGUGCUCAGUAGGAGUCAUAUAAGGAAUGAAGCCUGCAUUUGUUCAGAUGAUGGAUGGAGUCCAUGAACAGUGGACUCCUGGCUCUAAGCUGAAAAGUUAAUGUAGAUGCAGUGUUGGUGAACGAGCACUGUACCUGCCACUUU